GGGCUCUGGGCAAUAUAAAGGCGGGGAAACCAGCGGCCAGGAGACACAGCUUCCUUUGUGACAGGAGCUACAACAAUUAUAAAAACACUUGGGCAGUCAUGGAAUUAUCUGAUAUUCAAAGGAAAAAAAUAGCUGUCAUUGGUGGUGGCUUGGUUGGAUCAUUAAAUGCAUGCUUCCUUGCAAAGAGGAAUUUCCAAGUUGAUGUAUAUGAAGCUAGGGAAGAUCUCCGAGUGGCUAAAUUUGCACGUGGAAGAAGCAUUAACUUGGCCCUUUCUUAUAGAGGACGGCAAGCCUUGCACGCCAUUGGCCUGGAAGAUCAGAUUGUAGCCCAAGGUAUUCCCAUGAGAGCAAGAAUGAUUCACUCUCUUUCAGGAAAAAAGUCUGCAGUUCCCUAUGGGACCAAGUCACAGUAUAUUCUUUCUAUAAGCAGAGAAAAUCUAAACAAGGAGCUGUUGACUGCUGUUGAGAAAUACCCCAAUGCAAAGGUGCACUUUGGCCACCGGCUGUUGAAAUGUAAUCCUGAGGAAGGAGGGAUCACAGUGCUUGGAUCUGACAAAGUUCCCAAAGAUGCCACUUAUGACCUCAUUGUAGGAUGUGAUGGAGCCUACUCAACUGUCAGAACUCACCUCAUGAAGAAACCACGCUUUGAUUACAGCCAGCAGUACAUUCCUCAUGGGUACAUGGAGCUGACGAUUCCACCCAAGAAUGGGGAUUAUGCCAUGGAACCUAAUUAUCUGCAUAUUUGGCCUAGAAAUACCUUUAUGAUGAUUGCACUUCCUAACAUGAACAAAUCUUUCACAUGUACUUUGUUCAUGCCCUUUGAAGAGUUUGAAAAACUUCUAAGCAGCAGUGAUGUGCUGAAUUUCUUCCAGAAGUACUUUCCAGAUUCCAUCCCUCUAAUUGGAGAGCAAGCCCUAGUACAAGAUUUCUUUCUGUUGCCGGCCCAACCCAUGAUAUCCGUGAAGUGUUCUUCUUUUCACAUUAAAUCACACUGUGUGCUGAUGGGGGACGCGGCUCAUGCCAUAGUGCCCUUUUUUGGACAAGGAAUGAAUGCAGGCUUUGAAGACUGCCUAGUAUUUGAUGAGUUAAUGGAUAAAUUCAAUAAUGACCUUAGUGUGUGUCUUCCUGAAUAUUCAAGAUUGAGAAUUCCAGACGACCAUGCAAUCUCAGACCUGUCCAUGUACAAUUACAUAGAGAUGCGAGCACAUGUCAACUCGAGGUGGUUCAUCUUCCAAAAAACCAUGGAGAGAUUUCUUCAUGCUAUUAUGCCAUCUACCUUUAUCCCUCUCUAUACCAUGGUUGCCUUCUCCAGAAUAAGAUACCAUGAGGCAGUGCUGCGCUGGCAUUGGCAGAAAAAGGUGAUAAAUAAAGGACUCUUUUUCUUUGGAACACUGAUAGCCGUCGGUAGCACCUACCUACUUAUGUGCUCCAUGUCACUGAGACCCCUGCACUAUGUCAGAAGACCAUGGGACUGGCUCACUUACUUCCAGAACAGGACCUGUUUUCCUGCAAACUCCAUGGAGUCACUAAAAGAAAUUCCCGAUGUCAUUAGCAGGUGACAUAAAGGUUCUGAAGUAGCAAAUAGUUUAAUUUCUUUAUAACCAAAACUAAGGAUCAAAACCAUGUUUCUAUCAUCAUAUUUAAUUCACUAGUGCAAGAUAUAUGCCAGCUUACAAUGAAAUUCAGUAUAGAAUUUCUCUGUGUUCGUUGAAAUUAUUGAAAAAAAAAAAGAAAAAAAAAAACCCAAACCACCAGUUAAAGUUGCAAAAGGCAGUUUUCCUACAACACUACACAUAGGUGUGGUCAUUCUAAAUAUAAAAAUGCAAUGACUAAGAUCUCUUUCACUUCUCCAAAAGUAAAACACCAGAGGCCUUGAGGAAGACAGAUCACAUCCUUUCUUUAAAGGACAUAAAGAAGGUCAUGAUAAGAUUGACUCAACAUCUAGGACUAAAAAUUACAAUUUGGCAAACAUGUUAAGUUCAUUUUUGAUCCCCUGGAUGGAACUUCUCCAACACAGAACUCAGAUUCACGUACUAAAACUAGAAAUGUAAAUGAGGAAUUUGGGGCACUCUAGAGAGUUACAAAAUGAACAAAUUUUACUUCACAAUCUUCAAAGGCCAGUAUUACCUUUUGAAGAUUGAAAAAAGGGCCAUUAAUGCCAUACUAAGUGAAGACUAAGAAGAGUUUUAUUUACAAAUUAAAUAAUAUAUACAACAGAGUGGAAAGGAAAUAAGGGAAGACAGUUUUCAUAGAAAUUAUUCCAUUUAAGACUCCCGGAAGCAGUUUACUAACUUGCUAUGGCAGAACCAGCAACAAACUUGAUUUUGAAAAUUUCA